GACGGACAUUUCUGGGUCGUCCCAACAAGAUGUACUUCGGGUCGGCGGCUCGACCCGAACACACGGAGCACACGGGCCUCCUGAACGCCACCUCUCAGGACCCCGUCACCGUGACGACCGCCUCCAUGCCCUCCUCUCCGUCCUCGAGCGGGCGCUACCAGGGCCUGGGCCACACCCCCGCCCCCCACUCCAUCUCCGCCCCCGCGGGGUUCACGACCUCAUCCUGGGAGGACGACAGCGACAGCUCGCCGACACAGCCGGUGGUCGGACCCUGACCCAGACCCUGAACCUGACCCAGACCCUGAACCUGACCCAGACUCUGAACCUGACCCAGACUCUGAACCUGACCCUGACCCAUAUCCAGACUCAUGAGACCCUGACAGAACCAGAAGAACUGAAAACUGAGUCUGAACUACAAAAAACGAUGAAAACAACAGAGAGCAGGAGAGAACUCUGUGCGGUCAAAGCCAUGUCUGUGAAGAAUCUGGAUUAUUUAACAGAAACUGUCCAGAUUUUAUGUUUCUAAUCUGUAUUUGCUGUCAGAUGAUGUAAUCUGAAGGAUGAUGGUGGUCUUUGUUUGUAUCCUUCAGAAAGCUUUAACUGUAUGUAAAUAAACAACAUGUCUGCAUAACCAUCAAAA